AUGUCCGGGGCAGGCCAAGCCAUAGACAUGGACAAGGUGGGGUUUCCAAAAGCGAAAGCCGAUCGUGGCCGUGGCAAAAAAAUGGGUCCGGUUUCCAUGGAUCACGUGCUUCUUGCCUUGCGUGAGACCAAAGAUGAGAGGGAUCUUCGAAUUCGGAGUCUCUUCAAUUUCUUCGAUGCUGCCAAUAAUGGGUACUUGGACUAUGCUCACAUUGAGGCUGGUUUGUCUGCACUGCAGAUUCCCCCUCAGUAUAAGUAUGCCAAGGAGCUUUUCAAGGUUUGUGAUGCUGAUAGGGAUGGUAGGAUUGAUUACCAUGAUUUCAGGCGUUACAUGGAUGACAAGGAGUUGGAACUUUACCGCAUAUUUCAGGCCAUUGAUGUGGAGCACAAUGGCUGCAUUCUCCCUGAAGAGCUUUGGGAUGCACUUGUCAGGGCUGGGAUUGAAAUUGAUGAGAAGGAGCUUGCUCGCUUUGUGGAGCAUGUUGAUAAGGAUAAUAACGGAAUUAUCACUUUUGAAGAGUGGAGAGAUUUUCUUCUGCUUUAUCCUCAUGAAGCAACUAUUGAAAAUAUAUAUCAGCAUUGGGAGAGAGUGUGCCUUGUUGACAUUGGGGAACAAGCUGUCAUUCCUGAAGGAAUCAGCAAACAUGUGCACAGGAGCAGAUAUUUUAUUGCUGGGGGAAUAGCAGGAGCUGCUUCUCGUACAGCAACUGCUCCUCUUGAUCGUCUAAAGGUGGUCUUACAAGUUCAGACUGGACGAGCUUCUAUUAUGCCGGCAGUGAUGAAGAUAUGGCAACGAGAUGGUUUAUUAGGGUUUUUCCGUGGUAAUGGAUUGAAUGUUGUCAAGGUAGCUCCAGAGAGUGCCAUCAAGUUUUAUGCUUAUGAAGUGCUGAAAAAUGUAAUUGGAGAUGCUCAACAGGGCAAGUCAGAUAUCGGUACUGCAGGAAGACUUUUUGCAGGUGGCAUGGCUGGUGCAGUUGCGCAGAUUGCUAUCUACCCAAUGGAUCUUGUCAAAACUAGGUUACAGACUUGUGCUCCUGAUGGUGGAAGGGUUCCUAAACUUGGUACACUUACAAAGGAUAUAUGGGUCCAUGAGGGACCUCGGGCUUUCUACAGAGGGCUUGUUCCAUCCCUUCUGGGUAUGAUUCCUUAUGCAGGGAUUGAUCUUACUGCAUAUGACACCUUGAAAGAACUGUCCAAGAAAUAUAUUCUUUAUGACAGUGAUCCUGGUCCUCUAGUACAACUCGGAUGUGGGACAAUUUCGGGUGCUCUUGGAGCUACUUGUGUCUAUCCGCUGCAGGUUAUUCGAACAAGGCUGCAGGCACAACCUAUCAACAGUACCGGUGCCUACAAGGGAAUGUCUGAUGUAUUCUGGAAAACUCUUAGGGAUGAAGGCUUUAGAGGUUUCUACAAGGGACUCAUUCCUAAUCUCCUCAAAGUUGUGCCAGCUGCAAGCAUUACUUAUAUGGUUUAUGAAAGCAUGAAGAAGAGUCUAGAUCUUGAGUAG